AUGUCGGAAUCGGAAAGACUUAUUGAAGACAGAGCACCGGCAUUAGAACCGGAUGCUGCAGAUGUUCGAGCUGAAGGUGACACUGCUCCUACGGUAUCGGAACGCGAAGCCUAUUUUCAAGCUCUAAGAUUAUGGAUUCAACAAGCACAGAUGUAUCAAAAUCUAUCUACAUGCUUCCCUUAUUACAUGAUGACAUUCCAAGGGUUACAGAAUCAUGCAACGAAUGUUCCAUUGUUGAAUAACAACUACCAAUUCCAAGGCCAUCAGUUCCCGUUUCCAGUGCCAAAUGUUCCUCGCAAUUUACCACCAACACAACCUCAGGCUGAACCUAUUAUGCCUGCUGAAGUGAUUGCUCGCUAUGGUGGAUAUGAAUAUGUCAUACCACCGUUACACAAGAGGCUUGUUGCUGAGUUCAUCGAUUUUAUGUUGCUGUUCAUCCUCAAACUUAUUGUCACGUUUAUAGCUGUAGACAUGUUUGAAUUAAUAGACUUAGAAAAGUUUGAUUUCUACAAAUUCAGUGAGCAUUAUGAUGAUUAUAAGUAUGCAAUGGAGCUGACAUCUGAAAUACUUUUCUUGGAAGUAAUAUACAGGAUCCUUGUGUGCAUAUUUGAGGCUUUCUGUUUAUCUGGCAGUGUUGGACGAACGGGUGGAGCAACCCCUGGGAAGGCACUCCUAGGUCUUCGAGUAGUGACGGCCUCAGCAGUCAUUGCGGUUGAUGGUCGCCCAAGAGAAACAGUGUUGCUUUACCCUGGCAGGCCUCUUUCCUUCAACAUUGCCCUUUUCAGGUCUCUCAUGAAGAACUUCCUUAUAUCAUUGCUAUUCCCUCUUUGCGUUGUUUUAUUUGUGUUCAGACAUAAUCGCACGGGCUAUGAUCUCCUUUGUGGUGUCAUUGUUGUUGAAGAGAAUAUGUUUCCUCCUAGAAGGCAUGCUCCUUGA